ACUAUUUCUCUCACUGCGAAAGUGAAACAAGUUUUUUGCAGUUUUCGCUAGACGACGGUUCACUUUCGAAGCUUUUGAACCAUCUCUUUAAAUUUGACAUGUAUGCGUUGGUAUUUAACGCCACGUGUGUAAAUUUAUACCGGUUUUUUCUUAAUAUUUGGAAUAUGCAUUACGUGCAUACAAAAUGCAGAAUUGAGGGAGUUGAAGUGUGAUACUUUUAAAAUGAAAUGAUCUUCAGCAGAAUGAUGCGCCGAAGGCGUUUUACAUUUUUAAAAAUUAUUUUAGUAUGUUUUGCUAUUAUAGGAGUAAUAUUUUGGUUAUAUCAGUUGAACUCCGGAAAAAAUAUUUCUCUAGAUACUGAAGAAAAUGCGUAUGCUUUCCCUAGAUCUUUAGAGAAACAGAUCUCAAAACUUAAAAAUGGAUAUAAAAGUGCCAGACCUGCUCUUGCAGAAAAUCGUGAAAAACUAAAUGCAGUCAUUCCGCAACCAAUAUUUCAAGAAGCAGAGAGCAAUCGAGUGAAAAAACUUAGUGUCGAUUUUUAUCAAAAUCGCCAACCUGAGCUUUUAAAUUAUUCUGUUCCAGUUAUGAAAGUAACUCCAGGAUUAGGAGAAAACGGAGCCCCUGUCCAUUUAUCAUCAUCAGAGCAAAAGUUGGCUGAUGAUGAAUUCGAUAAGGCUGCAUUCAAUGUUUAUUUAAGUGACAGAAUAUCAGUUAAUAGAAGUGUUCCUGAUCCAAGGAAUCCCAAGUGUGCUUAUGAAAUUUAUGAUAAAGAUUUGCCUUCUGCUAGUGUGAUAAUCAUCUUUACUGAUGAAAUUUGGUCAGCUCUUUUAAGAACAAUUUAUAGUGUUGUCAAUCGAUCCCCUGCCAGAUUUUUACAUGAAAUUAUUUUGGUGGAUGAUUUUAGUCAAAAAGAUGAAUUAAAAUAUCACUUGAGAAAAUAUAUAAAUCAGCAGUUCAAACCAAACUUGGUAAAACUUAUACGACUGAAUGAAAGAAAAGGUCUUAUUCGAGCUCGUUUGGCUGGUGCUAAAUUAGCAACUGGUGAUGUUUUAGUAUUUCUCGACUCUCAUUGUGAAGCUAAUAUUGCAUGGUUAGAACCUCUUCUCCAAAGAAUAAAAGAAAACAAAAAUGCUGUUUUGUGCCCUAUAAUAGAUGUUAUAGAUGAUAAAACUUUAGAAUAUUAUGCUACAAAUUUAGAGUAUUUUCAAAUUGGAGGGUUUACCUGGAAUGGACAUUUUACUUGGAUUGAAAUUCCUGAAUGGGAAGAGAAGCGAAAGAAAUCAGAAAUAUCUCCAACUAGAACUCCAACAAUGGCUGGUGGUUUAUUUGCAAUUGAUCGAACCUAUUUUUGGCAUAUUGGGAGCUAUGAUUCAGGGAUGGAUAUUUGGGGAGGUGAAAAUCUUGAAAUGUCAUUUCGAGUGUGGAUGUGUGGUGGAACAUUAGAAAUAGUGCCUUGCUCUCAUGUUGGACAUAUUUUUCGUAGCUUUCAUCCAUAUACAUUUCCUGGAAAUAAAGACACACAUGGAAUAAAUACGGUUCGCACAGUGGAAGCAUGGAUGGAUAAUUAUAAAAAAUAUUUUUAUUUUCACAGGCCUGAUUUAAAAACUGUAGAUUUUGGAGACAUAUCAGAGAGAUUAGAAUUAAAAGAGAAACUGAAUUGUAAACCUUUUGAAUGGUAUCUUCAAGAAAUUUAUCCUCAGAAGUUUAUUUUUCAUAAAAAUGUUAUGGCGUAUGGAACACUGCGAAAUCCUAUCUCAAACUUGUGCCUUGAUUCAUUAAAUCGUGAUGAAGAUAAAAAUGAACCCAUAGGUUACUUUCCAUGCAAAACUCAUUCUGGAAUUGUUAUAAAUCAGCUAAUAUCAUUAACCAACAGUGGUGAGCUUCGAAAAGAAGAUAAUUGUGCUGAAGUUAAUGAAGAUGAUGCUAAAGACGAGUUGCCUGUUAUAAUGACAAAAUGUCAUGGAAAGGGUGAUAAUCAAAAGUGGAGUCAUGGCAUGGGGGAAGUAUUUAUCCAUGAACAAACUGGAAAAUGUCUGGACACCAGAAAAAGAAAAUCAGGGGAUGAUGCAUUUGUCACUGAAUGUGAUGGGGGACAUUCUCAAAUAUGGUGGUUUGAACACUAUUUAAGGCCAUCUCUUGAAAUUCAUUAACAUUAACUUGCUUCUGUUAGUUCUCAUGAAACCUUAAACUGUAAUUCAGCACUUUCCAAAAUUUUAUUUCAUUUAAGAAUUGAGUCUGAAUGUGUUUUUACAUAAGUUAUGUAUUUGAUUUGAUAUUUCUGAAAAUGCAUAACAUUCUCAGAAAAUUCACUUAGUUUGAUUUCUGAUAGUUUAAGCUUGGACCUUUCCAAGAUUUGUUAUUCAAACAUUAUGUAGUUAUGACAAACCACUAAUAAUGGUCAGAAGUAAAGUAAGCUCAGGUUAAAAUCAAUUUUAAAAGAUGUUUAUAUCAAAUGGUUUAAAAUAGAAAUGUUUGCUUCAAAAUAUUUAUGUUUUAUAAUUCUUAUAUACUACGGCAUUUUUUAAAGAACUUAUUAAAAUUAUUAAAAACUUUUUUUAUCACCACCUUUGCCUACAUUAAGCAAAAUUCAUCUUCUCCUGGACAGUGGAACAUUUUUUUGGAUGUAGGCUUUUAUUUGAUUAUAUUCAUUUGUUGCCCAUGUCAUAUAAAAUUUUUAAUACUCAUGCUUUUACCUUGCAUUGUUUUUUGUAUUUCUAUAUAUUGGUUCAUAAUUAGUUUUACUUCAUUAUAUUUGUUUGAAUUUAAAUAUAUUUUUAGUUACUAUUUGGAAAAUACUUAACAAGCGACAUGAAUAUUCCCCAUCAACAAUAGUUUUGUGCUUUUAGCUACAUCAUCUUCAUUAUGACUGAUUAAUAUUCCGAUUAAUUUAGACCUUUAAGUGUCAGUUGAAAGUAUUUCAAUGCAACUAUCCACAUUGGGAUAUUUAUUUUGAAUUUCUUACGCAAACAGUUAUGUUUUUCUUUCAAUUGCUUGAAAAUUUUAAUCGAUGGUUUUCAGUUUUUCUUUUUGUAGUUAAAUUUUAGAAAGUAGAAAGUUCCCUUUUUUAUGCAUGUAUGUCUGACUGUGUUAUUCAACAAUUAAUUUAUAUCAAUUCAACAUUAAUUUACGGCCUAUAAGCCAGGGCUAAGGCAGAAUUACAUGCAAUGGAUGAGCACAUAGCAAGGACGAAACUGCAGUCUCAGGAUGGGAUAACCGAGCUGUUGGUAUAUUGCAUGUAGUUCUGCUUUUGCCCUGGCUUAAGGGCGGCAACUUACUGCAUAAUAAAAGUCUUGCCAUCAAUUUACGAGUUGAAUUGCACCAUGUCUGCAUAUUCUCGCUAGUGAAAUAAAUUUGCAUCAUCUACCAGUUUGUUGCCACUCUCUGCUUCAGUGACAUGACAUCUCCCUUCAGCUUGGUUAUUCCCUAUUUGAGACUGAUGAGUCCAUAACAAGAACAAAACCAGUCUCUGGAUGGGAUAACCAAACUGUUAGUAUAUAGAGUUUUUUUUUUUUUGAAAAGAUAGUUCUUUACUCUUUUGUCAGCCCUUAAUCGAUUUUUAUAUUUUUACAGUCAAAAGAUAUUCUACAUUUAUGUGAUCUGAUAGUCUUAAUAACAGCAUUAAUAUUAAAAUUUAAAACUACACAUUGGAUCCAUCGCACAGUAUGAAUUUUAAAAUAUAUAACACCUUUCCUUUCAAAUUAAUGUUGACUUAACCCUACCUGUAUACAGGACUAUUUUAUAUUUAGAGAAAUGAUCUCUAUUGAAAAAUGUCACUAACACAAAAAACUUAACAUUUGUGUGACCAAAACUCAAGGAGAUAUUGGAGUUCAAAAAUUUAAGGGACCAUGCAAAAGACAACAUUGAAACUUAUACCCCUUUCAGGAUUAUGACAGUUUGUCAAAGUAAAAAAAUAAAGUAUUUAUGUUUUUCAUUGCUAUUAAAAAAUAAAUUCCACUGUUAUGCCAUGAUACGCACCCCCCACAAAACGCCCCCAUGAUACGCAACACCCUACAAAAGAUCUUACAAUUUGAAAAACAUACUCUUUGCACACAUAUCAUUUUAAACCCUUGUCUCCCCCCCCCCCCAAGAAAAGGUGUUCUUGUAGGCGAGUGUACUGUGGUGUAACUCACAAAAAGCUGCAUUUCAUAUUUUGGUGAAUAUUGGUCGUACUAAUGUCAAACUUUUUGUGUUGGAAUUAUUUUUCAAUAGAGACAUUUCCCUAAACAUUUUAGGGGGCCUAGGUCCACAUAAAAAAAAAUAAAUUUUGUAUUUUU